AGCCAGGACCUGCUUUGGAGGAGGAAAAAUGCCGCAGGCCCGGAAAGGCAGGUGACGAUCAUCAGGCUCUGGUGGUUUGGAGGCCAGUGAGAGGCAGGCGCCUCCUUUUCUGGGAAGACUUGGCCCUCCUUGGGCUCCGAGUGCGGAUCUGGCGCCGGGCCUGUUGCAACCGCUUCCCUUUGCACAACAACGCCUACCUGGCGCAGGUGCAGCAGAGGUUUCCCCAAGGAGGAGGAGGACCGAUCCGUCCGGAAGCAGCUCCAUCCACACAGGUUCAGUCUGCCGUGGAGACCCCCUUCCCUCAGGAACCAUGAUGGCCGGAGGCUUAUCCACCCCUAAACCGGCCACGCCGGAGGUCCAGGCCAUCGCUGAGCAGGUGAAGGCCCAGCUGGAAGCCAAAGUCAACCAGAGUUGCCCUAUUUAUGAGGCCGUUUCCUAUUGUUUACAGGUGGUCGCUGGCACCAACUACUUCAUCAAGGUACACGUUGGGCCCGGCGAGAAGGACUUUGCCCACCUGCGGGUCUUCGAGGCCCUUCCGGUCUAUGGAGGGCAGGUGGAACUGGCCGGGUUCCAGCUGGGCAAGACCAGGGACGAGCCCAUCGCCUACUUCUAGGCCCAUUCCCCCGAGGAAUGGACCACUGACCGGCGGAGAAUGUAGUGGGGGGGGGGAUCCCUGUGGUUUGGAGGGACGCCGUGAAGAGAAGCUGAACCCCAAAAUAAACGCCUCCGUCUUUUGAGAUGC